AUGGCCUCAUCUUCUUCAAGACCGAUAGGUCUGGCUUCGUCCUCUGCUCAGGCACCCACCAUCGACGAUGCCGACAUUGUGCAAGAAAUGUACCGGCUUCUGGGCGAUCUGACUCGCAGCUUUGUGCCGGCCACACGUAAGAAGCGGGAUGAGACAAAAGACGAGAGACGGGCGCGCAAGGAGCUUAAGGAUGCACUUGACGAUAUGGGCUACGACAUUAUCGAGCUUAAAGCCGAAUCAGCGUCCUCAGCGCUAGGGCCAAAUCAAGACUUUGCUGUCGACUCGAUCCGGCGCAAAAUUAACCGGCUAUCCGUGGACGGAGGCUACCAAUCUGCUAACCGCUUCGCAAACAUUCUGUCCAGGCUCGAAAGCUCGGGUGAGUUCCGCAACCUGCCGAGCUUGCUCGAGCUCCUGGAUGCACUGGCAUUCACUGCGAGCAACCCGGGCGCACUUGCUACCCCUGCCUCGCGUGCGGUUUCGUCCAGCACCAAUUUGCGAGAGCCGGACACCAGAGCGACACCAUACAUGACUGCAGAUACACCUGCCACUAAUGUGGCUACUUCUGCGCCGACUACAGGGACUGGUCGCAAUGCCAAAACUCAACCUUCAGGCAGCCGGGCGGCUCCAUCAAGGACGCUUGCAGCUGCUGUCGAGACGUUGCCUACAAAACCAACCGCAUCAAUCCCCGCCGCUCGCUCGACCGAGAGCCCUCCGCAAAACACCAAGCAGCUUAUCUCCUCCUCGGACCUUCGCAAAGAUGGACAGGCAGUAUCGAAAGCACAACUAAUACAGAAGCUCAGACAGCAACUGGGAAAAAAGCAGAUUCCGGAGGAUGAGCUUUUGCAGGACGUCAUCUUCCUCAUGCAAGGUAUCAACGGCCGCCAUGUUCGCUUCCAAGAAGAGUUUCAGUACAAUACUGCAGCAGCAGCAGCAGCAGCAGCAGCAUCAGAAGCCGGAGAAUCAGGUCCCGCUAAAGUGGUCCGAAUCGUCUUCAGUGAAGGUGAGGCAGGCUACAUCAAUGCACCCACCAAACGCAUCGUGCAUCGGCUUGCGGAGCUUGGCCAGCUGUACAAGAGAGUCUCGGAGUUCUCACAGCAAAGGAGCGCGAUGCCGGCGUCAGGUCUCAUAAUGCAGAGUCUCUGUCAUUUCAUCUCGAAAGAGCUGACGGGCUUCUACAGACUCGUGGCCAGCUUAGAGGCGCAGAUGAGCAAUGGAAGCAAGAACAGUCCAGGAUUAGCGCAAGAUGCAAACGUCGCAGCAGGAGUGGGGAGCGACGCUUCGACCGCUUACGUCACGCUGAAGCGUCUCUCGUUGUGGACAGACGAGAUGACGCUGCGUUUUCGACUGAUGAGCACGAUCGUCGAGAGCUGCCAAGAUGCUCACGGAGGCUUGCUCGUGUCUUUGAUCCACUCUUACACGUUCAACGGCGAUCCAUUCAUCCGAAAAUUCACCUCGGGCCUUCUGGACGAGGUGUCGAAGCCUUUUUUCAACUCACUAUCGCUCUGGAUCUACCAAGGUGAAUUGCAGGAUCCAUUCCGCGAAUUCUUCGUUGAACUCAAUGACGACCCGCGCAAGGUCAAUCAGAGCCGGACUCAUUCGAACCUCGCAGAUGGAGACAUGCCAAGCUUUGGCGAUCUUGACGGCGACGCUGCGUCUCUUUGGCAAAACAAGUUUGUCUUUCGCAAAGAGAUGCUGCCAAGCUUCCUACAAGAGUCAUUCGGACGCAAAAUCUUUUCGACGGGCAAGAGUUUGAACUUCAUACGGCAGAGUUGCGGCGAUGGCGAUUGGGUAGGAAUGCGGCACACCAUCGCCGGCGCCAGUGCCGAGCUUCGAUAUACGGAUCUGGCCGGUCUGGAGAGCACGAUCGAAGGGGCGUUCAACAGUGCCAGCAAGCGUCUUCUAGAUAUCUUCCUCGACGAGUUCCGAUUGCUAGAGCAUCUGCGAGCGCUCAAGGACUACCUCAUGUUGGCCCGAGGCGACUUUGUCGAUCUGCUCAUGGCAUCGCUAGGACCGAGCUUGAGUCGGCCAGCCAACUCGUUGUUCCGACACAAUCUUACUGCAUCGCUUGAAACCGCGAUUCGCGGUUCGAACGCGCAACACGACGAUGCCGAGAUCCUUCGCAGACUCGAUGCGCGUAUCCUCGAAUUCAGCACGGGCGAUACGGGAUGGGAUACAUUUACGCUGGAAUACAAGCUGGAUUCCCCUGUCAACACGGUGCUAGACAACCAAGCCAUGGUCGGAUACCAGACCAUCUUUACACAUCUGUGGAAGAUCAAACGAGUUGAAUCGUCUCUUAAUUCGAGUUGGCUCCGGUUGCACGAAACAGGAACGUCAUUGUGCCGAAUGAAACGCGGCACUGGAAAUGCCUUGUUAACAAAUCUGCGCCGCGAAUCGCAAAGCACGAUGUUGAUGCUUUCAGAGAUGAUUCACUUCAUCCGACAGAUGCAAGGCUUUGCUCAGCUCGAGGUGAUCGAGUACUCGUGGAACGACUUGCUGACGUUCUUCUCUCGACGUCAAGGCGAUCUGGAUGAGCUGAUCGAGAGCCACCGCGCCUACCUCAAUGCGCUGAUCGGCAAGGUGCUGCUUCGGGGCGGAAAGCGAGGAUCGCAGGACUAUCUGGCAGGCGAACUGAGGGCUCAAUUUGACUUGAUCUUGGUCUUUACGGUAGCCUCGGACGACUUGACGCAUUUGAGCACGCGUGAACUGGCACGCUUCGACAUGGAGCAUGGGCAUGUCUCGGUGCCUCACGAACGCGGAGCACGUUCGCGAACCGCGUCGACGACGGCAGCGCCGACUGCAAGUGUUGUGUCGCUGGCGCCUGGCGAUCCAGCUGAGCUGGCACGUAUCAGCAAGCGGCUGCACGAGGCAUCGGCCGCGUUUCAAGCGAGGAUGGUGCUGAUUGUUGGAGCGCUCGAGAAGCAUGCCAACCUGACGGUUCGCGAUUUGGCGGUAAGGCUCAACUUCAAUGGGCGCUACGAAAUAGUCACACAUCGAGCGAGCAAUGCGGUCAAUGCUUCCAUGUCGUCGGGCAGCGCUCUCCAAGGACGCAAGAAGGAAAUCGCGACGGCCUCGACGGCAGCUGCCGCUGCAUCGUAA